CGCAGGCGCUGUAGGAUCGCUCCGGGCUUCCUCCCUCUCUCUCCGCAGCCAGGCCCUGCGAGGUUCCCGGCGGCGGCGGCGCUGAAGCUGGGGCGCGGGCGCGGAACGAGAACAAGCGGUCGUGGGACGCGAAGGACGAGCGCCUUCCUCGCCAGGGGCCUCCGGCGCCGCUCCUUCUCUCGCAGCCACCGCGCCGCUUCCGAGGCUGCAGCAACGCGCCUGGAACUCCGGCGGCGCCAACGUUCCAAAGGGAGCCGGCAGCGUUCGAAAUCGGAACGUUCGCGGCGGCGGCGGCGGCUACAUUGUUUCCCCGCCCCCGGGACCCGCCGCUGUUGCCCGAGCGCCCCUCCCGCCCUCUGCCUUCCUCCUGCUGCAUCUCUGGAACUCCGCCCCCGCUCCUGGGACCCUCCGGCCCUCGGAGCUGCAUUCUCCGCCGGCCCUGUGGCCCCGAGUCCCCCGGGGCUCUCCCGCUGCAUGGAAUAACCCCACAGCGGCUCGCCGAGACCAGCCGGGCCGCCGAGGCAACACGGAGCCUGGAGAGAGGUGAGCAGCGCAGAUUCCUUCCCGCCCUGCUGUGCGUUGGAAGGAACUAAAGGUCUCAUGGUACCAAGUGACGUGUCCUUCUUGUGAGAUCCAGUCCCCAGAACCCCCCGAGAAAAUGUCAGGAGUGCAGGCCGUCUGGCCAUCUGGUACGGAAUGUAUUGCUAAGUACAACUUCCAUGGCACGGCGGAUCAGGACCUCCCGUUCAGCAAAGGCGAUGUCCUCACCAUUAUCUCUGUCACCAAGGAUCCCAACUGGUACAAAGCGAAGAACAAAGUGGGCCGCGAGGGGAUCAUCCCGGCCAACUACGUGCAGAAGCGGGAAGGGGUGAAAGCCGGAACCAAGCUCAGCCUGAUGCCCUGGUUCCACGGGAAGAUUACGCGGGAGCAAGCGGAGAGGCUCCUCUACCCUCCGGAGACGGGCCUCUUCCUGGUGCGCGAGAGCACCAACUACCCCGGGGACUACACGCUCUGCGUCAGCUGCGAGGGGAAGGUGGAGCACUACCGAAUCAUCUACUCCUCCAGCAAGCUCAGCAUCGACGAGGAAGUCUACUUUGAGAAUCUCAUGCAGCUGGUGGAGCACUACACCUCGGACCCUGACGGGCUCUGCACUCGCCUCAUCAAGCCAAAGGUCAUGGAGGGCACAGUGGCUGCUCAGGAUGAGUUCUCACGCGGUGGGUGGUCCCUCAACAUGAAGGACUUGAAACUGCUGCAGAUCAUCGGGAAAGGGGAGUUCGGAGAUGUGAUGCUGGGCGACUACCAUGGGAACAAGGUGGCCGUGAAGUGCAUCAAACACGAUGCCACCGCGCAGGCCUUCCUGGCCGAGGCCUCGGUGAUGACGCAGCUCAGGCACAGCAACCUGGUUCAGAUGCUGGGGGUGAUUGUGGAGGAGAAGGGCGGCCUCUACCUCGUCACAGAGUACAUGGCAAAGGGAAGUUUAGUCGAUUACCUUCGCUCCCGAGGGAGGUCUGUGCUGGGGGGAGAAUGUCUGCUGAAGUUCUCCUUAGACGUCUGUGAAGCCAUGGAGUACCUGGAGGCAAACAACUUCGUCCAUCGGGACUUGGCAGCGCGGAAUGUCCUGGUCUCGGAAGACAACAUUGCCAAAGUCAGUGACUUCGGGCUGACGAAAGAAGCCUCGUCAACCCAGGACACGGGCAAGCUGCCAGUAAAAUGGACAGCGCCAGAAGCACUUAGAGAAAAGCAGAAAUUUUCCACCAAGUCCGACGUCUGGAGCUUUGGGAUCCUCCUCUGGGAAAUCUACUCCUUUGGGCGAGUGCCUUAUCCGAGAAUUCCUCUGAAGGAUGUAGUGCCUCGCGUGGAGAAGGGGUACAAAAUGGAGUCCCCCGAUGGCUGCCCUCAGAUCGUCUAUGAGGUGAUGAAAAAGUGCUGGACCUUGGACCCCACACACCGGCCCUCCUUCCACCAACUACGGGAACAGCUAGAGCAUAUCAAAGCCAGCGAGCUUUACCUGUGAGGUGGGCGGGAGGGCGGGGUUUCCUUUGGACACACCUCUUCCUCCACCACUUCCUGCGACCCGCCUCCCACGCACAUGCGUCUGGGGGUCGGGGAUAACGGGCGAGGGGGCUGAGGGAGCGGUUCUUCCCCACCCCUCCAGGAAUGCAGAAUUCCUCCACUCAAGGGACUGUAUUUAGAGAAACAUAUUGGACUGUGUGCAUAUUGACCCCCCCACCCCUGUGCCCCACAGCUGGUGGGUGGAUUGGGGGGGUCCAGCUCCUCUUCCCUCCUCUGUGGAAAAGGCUCCCCCAUAUCUUUUUCAGUGGGGUCACCAGUAGACGCACGAGGAAGAGAGAAAAUAUGGGAGACCCCAACAUCUUCUCCUGGUCCUGUAGGAAUCCCGGUUCUCUUAUAGCGGGGAGAGACCCUGACUAUUCGUUUGUAGCAUGUACCCUACACUUCCUCCCCAUUUGACCCCUUCCUCACAGAAGAGCCUCUCUCCCUCCCCCUCCCCCCACCAUGCCUCCUUCCUUCCCCCUCUGACUUUCUCUUAGACCUCCAUGCCUCCCGUUUUUCCAUGGGGAGAUGUAAGAUGUUCACAUAGCACCAAAACAAUGGGAAGAUGGGGGGAAGGAGAGAGGGAGCCCCCAUGAGGUGGGGGAGACGGCGGGAUUUCCCUCUCCCUCCCCCAGUAUUUCUGUGACUGCUGGAAAUACCCAAAUUACCAAUCCAGUAUCUUCUACCCCACCCCCGCAGCCCACAACACACCUUUUUUUAAUUAAAAAAAAGAUUUUUUUGUUCAGUUUCUAUUUUUAUUUUUUGUUCCUUUUAAUGUUAUUUCAAACUGCACCGGAAAUCAGCCGUUUUGCUGGGUUUUACUAAAGUUGCAAAUCUUAUUUUUUAAAGUAAUAAAAAAAAGGUUAAAAAAAAGAGAAAAGAAAACAGAACACACGCUCUGAAAUUUAGCAAACUCACCCCCCACCCCCAACCAAAUGAAGGCAGGGCAAGUUUAAAACCGCAAAGCCACCAAGGACGGCUGUUGGGUUUUUUGGGUUUUCUUUGCUUAAAAACAGUGUUUGCAUGCUGUCUCCAGAGGCCUUUUUUCCAGUCCUGUCUAGUGCUUUAUGCUCAUAUAAUGCUGCCAACUGUGAGAUUAAACUGUAAUAAAGAUCAUUCCAUAUGAACACGUA